ACAAACCGAGACACCUGUACACACACACAGACAUGUACAUACACACACAGAAACAUGUACACACACGCACAGAGACACAUGUACACACACACAUACAGCCAUAUGUAUACACACACAGGCACGUACAGACACACACAUGUACAUACACACACACACACAGACACAUGUACACACACACACACACACACACAGACACAUGUACACACACACACAGACGCAUGUACACACACGCAUACACAUUUACAGAUACACACAUGUACAUACACACAGACACAUGUACAAUUGUACAUGCAUACACAGACACACACAAACACACACACAUGUACACGUACACUCACCCCCCCCCCAUAAAAAGUUGCAGUACUUCGUUGUUCACUCACAGAUCCGGGUACUGCACUCUAGGGGGAGGCAGAGAGCACAGCACACACACUCCUUGCUUUGCUUUCACUGCGCUCAGCUAUUGAGCAAUCUGAUGGCUCCCAGUGCCAAUGACAGAUCUGGCCUGAGCUCCGA